AUGUCGGGACCAACAUCCGUCGCAGCGCCGGCUCUACCAGAAGAACGCGAAAAGUUGAACCUUCCACCAAAAAGUUACUCCGAUGCUGUCGAGGAAACACCAGAAGCUCCAUAUGAUAGAAAUACCGGUAAUAAAGAGAAUGAGGUGAAUGGGCAAAAGCAAUUUAAUGCUUCGAAUGCGAAUGCUUCGGAUGGAACUGGCCCUAAGCAUAAAGUGUCAGUUCUAAGAAUCGUGGACACGAAUGUUACGGAUCCUGCGAAAUCUGCCAACAAUAAGGAAAUUAGAUCAAAGGUCGACAGGCAGGAUUCAAAGGGAGAGUACUCGGCUACGGGCCUCGAUGAUACUCCGAAAAGUCCUCCUCGAAACAGACAGCGAAAAUCAUCUUCGCAGAAACCCAAUGGAACGAAUGAGAAUGGUCACGGCCCGAACACAAAUACAAUGUCUGACCAGAACGAAAAUGAGAACAAGACGGCCAUCUUUGAAAAGGUUCAAGAUGAACGGAAUGGUAGCAAGCUCACCAGUGUGAAGCCCUCAAACGACUAUGAGAAACAACUUGAAAGGGAUCACGAAGAGGCUCCGAAGCGUAAAGAUGAAACGCUAGUUAGCGGGAGGCAAGCUGGACAACGAUGGCAUACCAGCGGCAUUCGAUGGGCCCCGAUGAAUAUUCCACUUCAACGCAGGCUCCAAACCUUGGUGGUGCUGUUCCAUACACUCUGCAUCGCCAUCUCUGUGUCAACGUUCUUCUUUCUAUGCGCGAUACCCCUUUUCUGGCCAAUUUUGAUCCCAUAUAUGAUUUACCUAAUUACAUCUAAAGCUUCGAUAUCGGGGACUUUGAGCCAUCGUUCGAACUUCUUCCGAUCGUCACCGGUGUGGUCAUUGUUUGCAUCUUAUUUUCCAGCCAGGUUGCACAGAACUCAAGAAUUACCACCUACGAGAAAAUACAUAUUCGGCUAUCAUCCCCAUGGCAUUAUCUCUCAUGGGGCAUUUGCGGCCUUUGCGACUGAAGCCCUCGGGUUUGCUCAGUUGUUCCCAGGCAUCAAGAAUACACUUCUCACAUUAGACACCAACUUCAGAAUACCGUUGUAUCGCGAAUAUGCUUUAGCAAUGGGUCUAGCAUCUGUAUCUAAAGAAUCUUGCGAGAACCUACUUUCCAAGGGCGGGCCAAACAAGGAGGGCAUGGGUCGCGCAAUUACUAUCGUAGUAGGGGGCGCAGCCGAGUCACUGGAUGCACAACCAUACAGUCUCAGAUUAGUUCUCAAGCGUCGCAAGGGCUUUGUGAAGAUGGCCAUUCGAACUGGCGCGGAUCUAGUUCCUGUCCUGGCAUUUGGUGAGAAUGAUCUUUAUGACCAAUUCUCGGCCGAUUCACACCCAAGAAUUCACAAACUUCAGUUGCUUAUUAAGAAGUUAAUGGGCUUCACUAUACCCCUCUUUCACGCCAGAGGCGUCUUCAACUACGAUGUUGGCCUUAUGCCAUACCGACGGCCAUUGAAUAUCGUCGUCGGACGACCAAUCAAGGUGGUCCAAUCCAAAACCCCGGGCCAAAAAGAUAUUGAUCGAGUUCAUGAGGAGUACGAUAUGAAACGAUUCGCAGAUUCGACAACAAGUCUUUCACCACUUUCAUUCCAUUACCCAGAUAUACGCUCUCGUGUGCCGCAAAUAUAUGCGCUUUUCGAAAUGGGUAUUCUUGAAAAAGUAGCUGGGCCAUUGGCUCAAGAGAUUUCGCAGCGGUCAACAGGUACUAUUAUCGCAGCAGGCGUGGUAGCUUUCAUCGUUCUAUCCGUCGUUCUCAAUGUCCUGAACCAAGUGUUAUUCGCAAAUUCCAAUGAACCCCCGGUUGUCUUCCACUGGUUCCCUAUCAUUGGUAGCACCAUAACUUAUGGUAUGGAUCCUUACAGAUUCUUCUUUGAUUGUCGCGCAAAGCAUGGCGAUAUUUUCACAUUUAUCUUGCUCGGAAAGAAGACUACGGUAUAUCUCGGACGAAAGGGCAACGACUUUAUUCUCAAUGGCAAGCUUAAGGAUCUCAAUGCAGAGGAAAUCUAUACUGUUUUGACAACACCCGUAUUUGGAAAAGAUGUGGUUUACGACUGCCCGAAUGCGAAGUUGAUGGAGCAAAAGAAGUUUAUGAAGAUUGGCUUGUCUACAGAAGCCUUCCGAUCCUACGUCCCAAUUAUACAAAUGGAGGUCGAAAACUUUAUGAAGCGUUCUUCGGUGUUUAAAGGUCCAAAGGGAACUGCCAAUAUCCCCCCCGCUAUGGCUGAAAUCACCAUCUAUACGGCUUCGCAUACCUUGCAAGGAAAGGAUGUCCGCGAUCAAUUCGAUACCUCCUUCGCUUCCCUUUACCACGACCUCGACAUGGGCUUCAGUCCUAUCAACUUUAUGCUUCAUUGGGCUCCUCUUCCUCACAACCGUGCCCGCGAUCAUGCGCAAAGAACUGUUUCAAAUACUUAUAUGGAUAUUAUUCAGAAACGACGUGCUCAAGCUGCGGAAGCAGAGUUCAAAUCUGAUAUCAUGUGGCAGUUGAUGCGCUCGUCCUACAAAGAUGGAACUCCAGUACCAGAUAAGGAGAUCGCUAACAUGAUGAUUGCUCUUCUCAUGGCUGGUCAGCACUCGUCCUCAUCUUCCAUCUCUUGGAUUAUGCUUCGCCUCGCAGCACGCCCAGACAUCAUGGAAGAACUCUACCAAGAACAAAUCCAAGCUUUAGGCGCUGACCUCCCUGCUCUCAAAUAUGAGGAUCUGUCCAAACUUCCUCUCCAUUCAAACAUCUUAAAGGAAACCCUUCGCAUUCACACUCCAAUUCACUCCAUUAUGCGCAAAGUCACGACACCAAUGCCAAUCACUGGGACAAAGUAUGUUAUUCCAACCUCGCACACCCUUAUGGCAUCUCCUGGUUGUACAAGUCGAGAUGGAGAUUACUUCCCGGAACCACUUGAGUGGGAUCCUCAUAGAUGGGAUAUGGGUUCCGGUCGUGUUAUUGGAAAUGAUCAGGACGAAGAAUUUCAAGAUUAUGGGUACGGAAUGAUCAGCAAAGGUGCUUCCAGUCCUUACCUCCCUUUCGGUGCUGGCAGACACAGAUGCAUUGGUGAACAAUUCGCCAAUGUACAACUCAUCACCAUCAUGGCAACGGUGGUGAGAUUGCUCAAAUUCAAGAACAUUGAUGGUAGCAAGGACGUAAUUGGUACCGAUUACACUAGUUUAUUUACAAGGCCAUUGGAACCAGCAGUUGUGGCAUGGGAGCGACGAUAA